AUGGCUUCCUUUCUCUCUCCAUCUCUCUCUCAUUUAUCUCCAUUACAUAAAGACCCUUCUUCACCAAUCAAAUACAGAAUCAAAACUACAAAAUUACACAGAAAUAGACACAAAGCUGUCCGUUUUGUCCAUAGUUUACGUGUUUUUGGGUUUCAAGGAGCUUCAAAGUGCUCCAAGAGCAGUCAAAACCUGCAAUUGGAUGCACCUAGAAGCUUAAAACAAGAAAAAGAACUAGUUCUCUCAAAUGGGUUUUUCCCAAAACCUGAAAAAAGUGUAAUUCAAUGCAUUACAAGGCCCAUAGUGUAUGCAUUGUUUUGUAUUGCAAUUGGGUUUUAUCCAAUUGGUGCAUUGCCACCUCGUGCUGUGGCUGCUGUUGCGGCGGCUAGUGAAGUUGCAGUUAAAAAGAAAGAAAAAAAAUUGAAUAAAGAAUCAAACUUGCAAGAGCAUGAGUUUUCAAAUUAUACUAAAUGUUUGUUGGAGGAGGUUUCGAGGUUGUUGAAGUGUAUAGAGGAGGUUAGGAAAGGAAAUGACAGUGUAGAGGAAGUGAAGUUGGUCUUAAAGGCAGUAAAAGCAAGGAAAGAGGAGUUGCAAAGGGAGAUAAUGGAGGGGAUGUAUUUGGAAGUGAGGCAGUUGAGGAAGACAAGAGGGAAGAUGGAGAAUCGCUCAGAGGAGAUUGUGGAAGCGGUGGAAAAGGUGAGGAAAGAGUAUGAUAGUUUGAGGGAAAAGGGUGAGAAAGAGAGAAUGGAAGAAUUGGAGGGGAGAAUGAGAGUGAUGGAUGAGGAGUACACUGGCGUGUGGGAGAAAAUUGGAGAGAUAGGGGAUGAGAUUUUGAGGAGGGAGACAAUGGCAUUGAGUGUUGGGGUUAGGGAACUUUGCUUUAUUGAGAGAGAAUGUGAGGAAUUGGUGAAGAGGUUUAACCAGGAAAUGCGGCAAAAGAUUACAGACAGGUAUGCUGCAGUUGACUUGAAUAUUAUGAUUUGUCAGCAAAAGAGCUCUAUUACCAAGCUUCCAAGAUCUGAAAUUCAGAAAGAACUGGAAACUGCACAAAGAAAAUUAUUAGAACAAACGAUUCUGCCUAAUGUUGUAGAUGUUGAAGGCCUUGGGCUAUUAUUUGAUCAAGAUUCGAUUGAUUUUGCUGUACGCAUAAAACAAGCCCUUAAAGAUUCACAGAAGCUGCAGAAAGAUGUGGAGGCUCGAAUAAGGAAAAAGAUGAAGAGGUUCGGUGAUGAAAAUCGUUUGGUUGUGAAGACAUCAACAGAUGAAGUUGUGAAGGGCUUUCCAGAAGUUGAAUUGAAGUGGAUUUUUGGGGAUAAGGAGGUUGUUGUUCCUAAAGCAAUUCGUCUUCACCUGUACCAUAGCUGGAAGAAAUGGCGUGAAGAAGCCAAGGCAGACCUAAAAAGAAAAUUGUUGGAAGAUGCAGAUUUUGGUAAAGAAUAUGUGGCCCAAAAACAGGAACAAAUUCUUCUGGGUCGUGAUAGAGUAGUCUCAAAGACAUGGUAUGACGAAGAAAAAAACAGGUGGGAAAUGGAACCAAUAGCAGUUCCAUAUGCUGUCUCCAAGAAAUUAGUGGAGCAUGCUCGAAUUAGGCAUGACUGGGGUGUCAUGUACAUUGCACUGAAGGGGGAUGACAAGGAAUAUUUUGUUGAUAUUAAGGAAUUUGAAAUUCUCUAUGAAGAUUUUGGAGGUUUUGAUGGGUUGUACAUGAAAAUGCUUGCCAGUGGUAUUCCAACUAGUGUUCAUCUGAUGUGGAUCCCUUUAUCGGAAUUGGAUUUGGGUCAACAGUUUCUAUUGAUGUUAAGGCUGGCUUGCCAAUGCUUAAAUGGCAUAUGGAAGAGUAGAAUUGUUUCAUAUGGCAGAGAUUGGGUUGUAGAGAAAAUUAAAAAUAUAAAUGAUGAUGUGGUGAUGAUGAUUGUGUUCCCCAUGCUGGAACUCAUCAUUCCUUUCCCGGUAAGGAUGCGGUUGGGGAUGGCAUGGCCAGAGGAAAUAGAUCAAACUGUUGGCUCAACGUGGUACUUGAAAUGGCAAUCUGAGGCAGAAAUAAAUUUUAAGUCCAGAAAAACGGAUGAUAUGCAAUGGUUUCUUUGGUUUGCCAUUAGACUGUUUAUAUAUGGAUAUAUUUUGUUACAUGCCUUCCGGUUUCUGAAGAGAAAAGUUCCAAGACUUUUAGGUUUUGGACCUUUACGUGACAGAGAUCCAAAUUUGCUGAAGUUACGCAGAGUGAAAUACUAUGUUAAGUACAAGUUGAGGACAAUAAAAAAUAAGAAAAAAGCUGGGAUUGAUCCUAUAAGCACUGCAUUUGAUGGAAUGAAGAGGGUGAAGAAUCCUCCUAUACCAUUGAAGGAUUUUGCUAGUGUUGAGUCUAUGAGAGAGGAAAUCAAUGAAGUUGUUGCAUUUCUACAAAAUCCCAGUGCAUUUCAAGAAAUGGGUGCCCGUGCACCUCGGUGUUUUGAUGAAGUAAGCUGUUUAAAAGAGAAUGACACUGAUAGUCAUGAGUCUAGAAAACAAGAUCCUGGAUUAAAACUGGACUUUAAGUGUUUUGAUUUUGCACAAGAUAGCGAUUACAUGGGAGUUCUUAUUGUAGGUGAGAGGGGAACAGGAAAGACGUCUUUGGCACUGGCAAUUGCUGCAGAAGCUAGGGUACCAGUUGUAAAAGUUGAAGCCCAGCAGUUGGAGGCUGGGCUAUGGGUUGGCCAAAGUGCUUCCAAUGUCAGGGAACUGUUUCAGACAGCCAGGGAUUUGGCCCCUGUAAUCAUCUUUGUGGAGGAUUUUGACCUUUUUGCUGGUGUCCGUGGCAAAUUCAUACAUACUAAAAAGCAGGAUCACGAGGCUUUCAUUAAUCAACUUCUAGUGGAACUUGAUGGGUAA